UUCUUUGGCGCGAGCUUGGGCUAGGCUUUGAACUUGGUUCCUGGCUUCGUUCUUUGCUCUGCCUUGCUACAGGGGCAAGGAUCCUCCACCCCGCGGUACCGAACCCUGUGAGCUCUUCGCUUUCCCUCGGAGCAUGAGACUGCCUGGAAGAGUAGGGGACGCGGCGGAGCUGCGCAAGAGCUUGAAGCCGCUGCUGGAGAAGCGCCGGCGCGCACGGAUCAACCAGAGCCUGAGCCAGCUUAAGGGGCUGGUAUUGCCGUUGCUGGGUGCGGAGACUUCCCGCUAUUCGAAGCUGGAGAAGGCGGACAUCCUGGAAAUGACCGUGCGCUUCCUGCAGGAGCAGCCUGCAUCCCCUUACUCCACUGCAGUGCCGGGGCCCUUGGAUAGCUACCUUGAGGGUUACCGAGCCUGUCUGGCGCGCCUGGCCCGCGUGCUGCCCGCCUGCAGCAUCCUGGAGCCGGCCGUGAGCGCGCGCCUGCUGGAGCACCUGCAGCAGAGGACUGUCAGUGGUGGCCCGCCCUCACAGACGCCAACACCCGCCCCUGCUCCAGCUCCCUCUCCGCAGGUGCCUCCUCCCGGCAGCCCUGGCCUAUGGCGGCCCUGGUAGAGUCCUGGAUGUUUCAGGUCAGGGGCCUGGAUGGGCUAGCUGACCAAGUAAGUUCACGGUGGUGACAGCAUCUCCUUCACUUUGAGAACAGUCUAGCAUCAGCACCCCAGCAAGAAUCUGAUGCUUGUGACCUAUCUGCGUAAUGAAGACCUCAAGGGCUCGGCUGGAGGGAAAAGAGAGUUUCUGGGCAGGGAGAGAAAGAACAAAUAAAUGUCUGCAGGGUGAGGAAGAAGCCCAGGCUUGGACUCAAUGGUUCUGGCACUGGGCCAGGCAAAGCUGCCUCAUCAGGGACACACCUGCCCUAGUGUGGGCAGUAGACCAAGCUCUGGCCUUAGAGUUCACCGGGCCACCUGCUCUGAUGGGUCGCUGCGUUCCCAGCCACACCUGGAUAUACUUCCAGCUCAGCUGGGCUUGUGAACCUCCCCAUAAACAGAACAAUGACCUGCAAAGCACUGAGCAGGGAAAAGGGACACCUAGGGCUUGGCAGUCACCUCCUCCAUCCUAGGCUUCCCCUCCCAGUGAUCUCUUCUGCAGGUGGUGAGGACUUCCUAAUUUAACGCCCCGCAGCAUUAUUUUUCCCACACAGCAGGCCCGUGGUCUUCAGAAGUGAGGAAAGGGUGAGACAAGUGUGAGGCUUCCCUGUGGCUUUAAGGAAGCUGGUGGCUUUGGAGGAAUGGAAGCCAGCACAGACUGCAGAGCUAAAGCCUCGGAAUGGCAGGGACCCAGGAGGUAGCAGCAGGUGAAGGAACAUGAACCACCUCGACUGCUUUGUUUGUUAGUUAAAUCACUCCCUGAACCCAGGCAGUUUGCCUACUAGAAGCAACCUGUUCGAAAGUUAUUUCUCCCAAAUGGAAGCGGGAAGCCCAUGAAGACUCAGGGAAGAGGCUUCAGAUCCCAGGAGUGGGUGCUCCAGAGAAAGUAGGAGAAUUUGAACCAUGGUCAUUCCAAGUCCAUGGGGAUUUGCUGAGCACUGCAGCGAGCCUGCUUCUCCCUCUGCCUGUGCUGGGGACAAGGACACUAAAGCCAAGAAGACGGACUGACCAGGGAAGGGGCAGUCACUGAUCUGCCUUGAGCAUCUGUGGUAAAUCUGGGCACUGAUUUGGGUGGCAGGAGGUCGGGAAGUCGGAGGCAUUCUUCAAAAAGAAAGAAAAUCAACGUGAAGACGGCAGGGGCUCCCAGCAAGGCGGUGCUGGACCUGCCUGCCUAGACUGUAAUUCUGAGAAGCAGGCUGGACAGAGUACACCUGUGUGUCUGUGAGGCCCUGGGCACACAAUGGUGCUCAAUAAACAUGAUGGAUUAAAGGGUUUGAUGUGACCGACUCACACUGUGAUAAACUUUGGACAGCUGGC